AUGUCAAGUGAUUUGAAUAUAAAUCUUUUAAUGGUAUCGUUAGCUGAAGGACAGCGCAAAGAGAUGUUCAAAAUGGAGAGUCAAUACGCGUCCUCUUUGUUUAGGACAAACCGAAUGUUGGAAGGGGUGCCACAAUUGGUCACGUAUUACAAUGUGUCCACUGUUUCUCAUUGUGUUAUUACUUGUUUGAAACACAUGUCUGGCUGUAAAUCAUUGAAUUGGGGCUCAGGAGGAGAAUGUACUCUACUCUCUGACUCCAUCUGUGCUAACGAGACGUUGGAAUUAACAGAAAAACAUGGCUUUGCUUAUUAUGAUUUGAUGGAUGCUCCAGAAUUUGAGAGAAAACAUUUAAAAGAUGAAUAUUGUCGACAAUUUGGCAAAUGUUCGGGACGUUGUUAUCCACGGAAACCAUAUUAUGUGGACACAGCCAUGACUUGGGAUGAGGCCACGAGAUUUUGCAAUGGACUCAAUCGAGCUCUACCACAACCACACAAUAAAGAUAUUGAAGGCAUUUGGAUGUAUGCGGACAACACUCCUGUAUCUGACAGUUUCUCUGCCUGGGCUUUGGGACAGCCGGACAACGGCGGGCCCUUUGGUUCGAGUAAAGAAGAUUGCGGUGUUAUCGGAGAAAAGGUAUCUAUAACUUAA